AGACAACAGAUAGAAGAUACCUUUUGAAUCAGAUCGAUUCUCAUAAAUCUAAUAUUAUUACUAUUAUUAUUAUUAUUAUUGGAUAGCACGUGAAAAGAAAAAAGCAGUUUGUGAGUACACAAACACAUCAGCUAAUUUCGUGUUUCUUACUGUGUUUUUUUGUGGUGUAUAAAUCAUGUGGAUUAUUACUAAAAAAACUUGUCAAUAUACUACUUAUUGUUUAUACUCGCUAUUGAUAUAUUCCAUUUCAUUUCUAUGCUGUAUUCAUGGUUCAGUUGAGAAUACACAUUUAUUACACGACAGAUCAUAUGUUGAUAUCAGCUGGGAAUAUGAUCGAAUACGUUCGGAUUUAUGGUCACCAAAAACACCGAUCAAUGUAUGGCCUGAUUUUAAACAAAUUCAACAAUGUGAUACACAAGAUUUUCAAACAUUUCAACCUAAUUUAAACAAUGCGCCAAACAAUGAAAACAAUAAAGAAUUGUUUGAAUGGACAAGUGUUAGUGUAUUUACUUCGGAACGUUUAAAACGUGGUUAUAUUCUCCUUGGUGGAUCACAACGACGUCAACAACCAAAUUUAUUCAAAUCAAGUGAUACUGUAUCACCAAGACAGAAUAGUCAAAUAUUUUUAUGUUAUUUAGAUUGGAAAUCAGAUCAUGAAACAUUGUUAGGUUUUGGAUUUAAUUCGAAUGCUUGUAGUAUUCUACAACCAAAUCCUGUCAAUGAAAGCGCUACUACUACUACUACCAGUACUACUACUACGGAUCAUGAAUUUCUUGGCGCCACAAGUCAAGCUUUGAAAAUCAAUCAAGAUUUAAGUAUAUUUGUUUAUUGUGAUCCAUUAUGGCGAGCUAGUUCAAAAGUACCAGUUGGACGAUGUUUUGCUCAUAUUGUACAUAAUGGACAUAUUCAACCAAGUUUAGAAUUGUCCGAUUUUUGUCAAACUAGUUUACAAGUAGCUACACCUUGUGCUGCUGGUCAUAGUAUAGCCUUAUCAAUAAGUAGUAAUAAUAAUAAUAAUAAUAAUAUUAAUAAUCAGGAAUCCAAAUCAAUCGAUGACUUGUUGUCGACUAUUAAACUAUGGAUUGGUCAACCAUUAUCCACACCAUAUGGACGUAUACAAAUUUUGACUGAUCUUUAUAAUUCACCGAAAGUGACCACAAUCAAUCGACCUGAACAAAUCAAUGAUGGUCAUGUGAUUGUUGGUUCAUUGUUUGGUUAUGCUGUAACCGAUGGUUUUGUUACAGCACCGGGAUUAUUGAUUGGCGGCGGUAAAGAUAAUACUGCAAUGCGUCUUCAACACUUAAUUGGUAUUGAGCAUAGUCAAUCGUUUCGUAAUACAAUGAAUGGAUAUUAUGGUCAUAUUGAUUGGUUUCCAGAUAUGAAUAAUACCGAUCAAUUUAUUGGGAAUGGUAUGUCUGUGCUACGUGUAUCAAUUAAAGGACCAUAUUUGAAAAGUGUUAUAGUCGGUGCACCUUAUACCGGGAAUAUUAAACUUAAAAAUAACAAUCACGUCAAUAAAACAAAUCCUCUCCCAUUAAUGAAUGAUUAUAAUAUUGGUCGGAUUUAUUUAUUCUGUCAACUUAAUCAAAAAAUCAAUAGCCGAUCAACUAUCCAUCCACCAUCCACUAUGCAUGAUUAUUUAGACGGUCCGAAACAAUCGAGAAAUUUCGGUUUUGCUUUAACUAAUCUCGGUGAUUUCGACGGGGAUGGGAAUGAUGAUGUAGCAAUCGGCGCACCGGAUUUAGAGAAUACAUCAAAUCAUAGUUAUAUUUAUUUAAUACGCCUAUUAGAUAAUUGUACAUUCGAUCGAACACCUUUACAAAUAUUAGUUAGUCCAAAAGGUGUACAAGAUUUCGGUGCACAUCUCCCAUCGCAUGCGGAUGAUUUAGAUUUUAAUGGUUACAAUGAUUUAGUUGUACCGAUUUCUUUGAAAAAUCAACAACCUGAUUCAUUGUCAACACCAACGACAGAUCAUCAGUCGAUUCUUGUUUAUGCUACACGAUCAACAUGGAUUGCUGAAUGCCAUUACACAUUUCCACCAUGGUUAUCAAUAAGAAAUAUUUUAAAAAAUCAUUUUAUCCCAAUACAAAUUACUGUAUAUUUUAAAAAUUCUAAAACGUAUCAAUUUUCACAAACAAAUCAAAAUCAUUUGAAAUUACUACUGAAUUCAUUACAAAUUGAUCAAUUUAUUCAUCAAAUUAAUCCAGAUUGGAAUGCAACUAGUCCAACGGAACAACGUUUCAAUUUAGCGGGUUCCAUUAAAUCUCGACUGGAAUUAAAACAAAAUCAAUUGAUCAUUGAAUUCAAUAUUCAAGCUAAUAUGAAUGUGGAAGAGAUGCAUGAUUUAGAAUCCCCCGCAGGUGGUGUUUAUUUAGGCUAUCGAUUUUUACAACCAUGUUAUGGUGAUCAACCAGUGACUGAUCAAAAUGGUACUUGUUUAAAUGGUGGCUGGUUAAAACGUCCAUUAAUUGAUUGGUCAAAAUGUUUAACAAAAAUCCCAUUAUCACGUUAUAUAUGUUAUCCAAAUCCUAAAUGUGAAAGUGAUGUAGUGUUACGUGUGAAAGAUAUACAAUCGAAUCAAAUUAGUGCUUUUCAAUAUAUUCAUGAUGAGCAACAACAAUCUACGCCAAUUUUAAAUCAAACUAAUCAUUUGGAUUCUCCAUUAACAACGACGGUUGACAUUGAAUAUGGUAAUAAAAAUCAAUCUAGACCACAAUUAUUCAUAGAAAUAUUCAAUUAUGGACCAACUAAAGCACAAGGUACACGUAUGGAAUUACAAUUUCAUGGAAAUUUAAAAUUUUCACGUUUAGAACUAGAAACAGACAAUUUAAAUGUUAAUGCUGAUCAGCCGAAUCGUCAAUCGGAAAUAUUAAUGGUUGAAGUGUCCGAAAAUGAAACAUGGGUACAUUGUCCAAUUGGUACAUUAUUGCCACCGAUAAUUUUGUCAACCGAUGGAAAUCCGAUUAUUGAACCGAAUCAACGAUUUAUUCUGUCAACAUAUUAUGAUAAAUUUUUAGCAGAUCAUGAAAAUGAUGAAGUGGAUUUCAGUGUUGGAGCCGGUGUCACUAUACGUCUUAUCACUGGAACAGUGGAUCCUCAACCAUUGAGUAACUCGAUACGUUUCAAUUAUCAAUUAAUUCAUAACCCAUCGAUUCGUAUCUCAUAUGGUCCUGGUGAAAUACCAAGUAGGAUGGAUAAUCGUACAAUCGAAUCAACUAACAAUUUAUUACUGAAUAAACAAAAACGUAUACUUCUCUCGGAUAUUGGUCCAAAAGUUGAACACACAAUACAAAUUGAAUAUAUGGGACCAUCGAAUAAAUUGAAAAAUGUGACAAUGAACAUUUUAGUACCGAUUAAAUUAGAUUCGAAUGAAGGUAUCGGUAGUAGUAGUAGUAGUAGUACUAGUAGUAGUGCUAUGCCUCAAUAUAUUUUAUACAUGUUCAAUGAAAUACGUACACCAUCUCAUCAGGAUGAUCAUAGUACACUGGAAUGGAUUGAUUCACGACCGAAGAUAACUGCUAUGGGUAAACAUCAGUACACUGGCGAAGAGAAUAUUCGUGACAAUGGUGUUGUUGAUGAUGGUGAUGAGGAUAUUAGUAAAGUUGGUAGUUGUUUCAUUGUCAAUAGUGAGAAAGUAGUGAAUCCACGUGAAUUCAUACCGAUGGAUGUGAAAACAGCUUGUCCACUGAAUUUUUUUUACCCAAUUGUGUUAAUGAUUGAAAAUAUUCUACCGGCUGAUUUAUUGGAUUUGUCUACACCAAGUGUAUCUGAAGUUAUUCAACAUUUAGUAAAUAAAUAUGAACAUUCAGAAAUUUACACAUGGCUUGGAACUAAUAUUCUUAUAUCAAUCAAUCCAAAAAAUACCCAUCCACCAAAUUAUUCAUGUGAUCAUUGGAAUGAUUCUAAUGAGAUGACAAAUUGCUGGAGAAAGCCACAUAUUUUUUCAGUAGCUGAAGAAUGUUUAUAUCAGUUAACAUUAACACAAAAUGAUCAGUCGAUAAUUAUUACCGGUACUAGUGGAUCAGGAAAAACUGAAGCUACCAAGCAUAUAUUACAUUAUUUAACUUACAAAAGUAGUAUAAAGCGUCAAAAACAAAUAACUAAACCUGAAGCUCGUAUUGAACACAUAUUGAUACAAUCGAAUCCUUUAUUAGAAGCAUUUGGUAAUGCUAAAACUCAGUUCAAUGAGAACAGUUCACGUUUUGGCAAAUACAUACGCCUAUUGUACAAUCGAAAUCAAAUUCUUAUUGCAGCAAAAUUACAAAUUUAUUUAUUAGAAAAGCCUAGAGCUGUAUUCACAUCACAAACACUAUGCUCAUCAUUUCAUGUAUUUCGUUGGUUUUUAGAAUCUUUAACAAAAGACCAACAAUCACAAUUUGGUUUAAAUCAUUGUGAUUAUGUAACAACUGAUGAUGAUGAUAACAACGACAACAACAAUGAUACACUACAACAAUCCUCCUCCUCUUCUACUACUACUACUACUACAAAUUGGUCUUGUCUACUUCAAGCAUUACAAACAUUACAUAUUGAAAAUGAAACAUUAUUAGAAUUUUAUAAAUUAUUAAGUGUAAUUUUAUUAUUGAAUAAUGUACAAUUCAGUCGUACUGACUGUUGUGUAGUAGUAAAUGUUGACUUGAAUAAUCAUCAGCAACACCAGCAGCAACACGAACCUCGAUCAGAUGAUCCGACUAGUCUAGCUGAUAUUUCACCUGAUGAUGUGCAGAAAAUUAUAAUGGCUGGUAAACUACUAGGUAUUACCAAUGUCGAAUUACUUCAUAGUUUUCCACAACAAUUUAUCACACGUUUUGUUCAACCUGGUUCUAAUUCACAUCAAUCCAAACGAAUGACAACUUAUAAAUGUGCAUGUACAAUUUCACAAGCUCAAGAACAACGUGAUUGUUUUGUAAAAGCUUUAUAUAAUAGCCUCUUUCAUUUUUUGGUCGAUUUAAUAAAUAAACAAUUGAAUUUUGAUAAUACUGAAGAUGUUGUUAAUGAAUUGGGUAUACUAGAUCUAUUCGGUUUUGAAUGUUUCACUGUGAAUAAUUUUGAACAAUAUUGUAUUAAUUAUGCUAAUGAACGUUUACAUCAAACAUUUAUGCAUAUUGCUGUAUCAACUGUAUGGUUAGAAUUAGAACAAGAUGAAGGAUUAUCAUUAUUAUAUCGAUUAGUUGAUGAUAAUGAUAGUAAUAGUAAUAGUAGUAGUAGUACAUCAACAUCAAUGGAUAUGAUGAUAAAUGUUGACAAUAUUCACAAUACUACUACUAUUGCUACUACUACCAAUACUACUACUGAUCAACAUAAACAUCAAUUUGAUGCAUUAUUAAAACAAUGUUAUAAUACGCAUAUUGUUAAAGCAAUCGAAAUAAAUGCCAAUUUAUUGGAAGAAGUUUGUCUAUUAAAUCGUAUUCAUAAUGUGAAUUCGUCAAUUUCAUCGUCUGCGCCACAACAACUAUUAGAUCCACGUGAAUUAGAUUGGAUGAAUAAAAUACAAUCAUCAUUGAAAUUAUUGAAUAAUUCAAUUUAUUUAUAUAAUGGUCACAUUAAUCGAUCACAUAGUGGUGCUACUCCAAUAAAUACCAACAAGUCUAAACACACAACCACAUCAUCUUCAUUAACAACAGCAACAUCAAAAUCCCGGUGGAAAAAUCCUACACCAACGUCAACAUGUGAUGCUUUCAUUGUGAAACAUUAUAAUGGAUUAGUGACUUAUUCUGUUAAAGGUUUUGUUAGUAAAAAUCUUGAUCGUUUACCGAUACAUUUAUUCACAUGGAUAAAAGAUGCAUUGAGCACUGUUGCUACCAUUGAUGAUAACAAUACUACUAAUAAUCCUAGCAGUAGUACUAUUACUGGUAGUAGUCUUAUCUAUACAAUUGUGAGUAAUGCAUUAGAUAAUAUAACAAAUACAAAUAAGAAUUUAAAAUAUCCAACAGAGAAUUCACCCAUUGGACGAUCACCUUUACAACAAAUAAACAAAAAUGAUUAUAGUCAUAGAAUGAAUAAUAACAAUAGUCCGCGUCAACAUCGUCAAACGUCAAUGAUGGCGAAUACAUUUACAGAGAAUACUCAGCCUAAUAUGAAUCAUUCCAUUUCGCCGACAAAUCAUCGUUUUAAUGUUAACAAUACUACCACUACUACUACUUCUACUACUACUACUACUACUACUGCACGUCGUUUAAAUACCGUAUUUGGUAAUUUUAAAUCAUCUCUAGAUCAAUUACUUGAUUGUUUAAAUUGGCAUAAUUUAUAUUUUAUACGUUGUAUUCGACCGGAUCCACCAUCCUUAUCCUCAUCAUCGAUUGAUGAUUGUUCAAUGAUCAAUAAUUCCAUAUCAAUCAUUGACACGGAUUAUGUACAAGAUCAACUUGUACAUAGUGGUAUAUUUGCUGCAUUAGAAGUGUUACGUUCAACGUAUUAUGCAAAAUAUACAUAUGAAGAUUUUAUUAGUCAAUACAGAGUAUUAUGGCAAUUAAAUCCUCGACCACCAGCUAAUCAAUUAAUGAAUACAGAAUUCGCUUUAUUAAAUUCAUGGUAUCUUAAAUUAAUUCAACUACCACGUUCAACAUCCAAGCGUACUCCGCUUAAAUUACGCCGUGAAACAAGUGAAUCAACAAUUCAACAACAACAACAAUUUGUUUUAAUUUUAUUAACACUUGGAUUAAAUUUAAUUCCAUGUAAAUCUGAUGAUGUCAUAUCAACCCAACUAGUCAAUAACACUAAUUCCGAUCAGAUUUUAAAUGAAUUAAUUAUGAAACAUUUUCCAAUUAUACAACAAUUUGGUCGUACAAAAAUACAUUUAACUAAAAAUCAAUAUGAACAUUUAAUUCAUUUGAAAGAAUUUAUGUUAAAUCGAAAUAUUCAAGUGAUACAACGUUUUUUUCGUAAAUGUCUACAACACAAAAUGGCUCCUUCAUCUUCACCAUCACCUUCGCCCACAUCGACAAAGACGCCGGUGUCACCACCGACCAAGACUCCGCCGUCAUCGUCAUCGUUAGAAGAAUCAAUUAAUAAUGAUUGGCCAACUUAUCAACAACAUAUAUUAUCACGUCGUUAUUUACCAUUCAUUAUAAAGAUGAAUAAUUCUUCUAUUCAAUGUAAUCAUUUAAUGAAGAAACAAUCAAAUUUGCUGAAUUAUUUAAUGCCUUAUUCACAUAAACAUCAUAUUUUAAAAUUAUUUGAAGCUAUUGAACAACAACCAAUGAAAGGUUUUAUUGAUAUUAUUUUGUAA